AUGUUGGCUAGAAUUUUCAUUCUCUUAUUUUUGACAGGCUUAUUGAAUACAGUGUCCAGUGAGGAUUCUCUGGAAUACGAAAAUGAAGUAAACAAAGUUGGAUGUAACGUCUUUUGUCAAGUAUGUGUCACAAAUGUACGCAGUGUUCGAUGGGCUCUAUUACACGACUAUGCACGAGGAGUAAUGGCCAAACUGUUGAGUUUCACAUGCAGUUUCAUACCUUAUCAUAAACCACGUGCAAAGUGUAAAGCCUUCUUCAAUGGUCCAUUCCAAGAGAAACUGCAUGAUUUCGCUGUGAAUAUGAGUGUUUAUGAGCCAUGCAGAUACAUCGGAGUAUGUCUUACUCAACAAUAUGAAACGAUGAAUGAAGAUGAUUCAUCUUUUGACAGUGCCAUGUUGCAGAUAUUCAAUACACUCAAAGAACACUUGAAAUUCACAUUUACACAAGAUUACAUUCAAGAGACAAUCGAAGAAAUUUGCUCUUCUGAUAAACAAUGCUUCAAAACAUUUGAAAAGUAUGCGACUACUUUAAUGAACGUUUUUCACUAAGUAAGUUGACAUAAGUAAAUUAUUUAAAUGUUGAUGAGUCUGUAAUUAUUUCCUUCUUUUCAAACCAGUAAUCACCGUGCGUGCCGAAAAUUUAUUAGAUUCAUUUCAUAAUCGCCAAAGAAAUUAUAAAAGUUUUAUAAUGUAAGAAGCAUCUUCAUCAGGUUUAGACAUCCAAUGGGAAACUUUUAAAACGAGAGCGAUCUAGCUAAAUAUUGUACUGUAGUUUGAAUUUACAUUGCCAAGCCAUCUAGAGAGAAGGUGGGGCGAGUUCUCACUGUUCUGUAGUCCUCAGAGACUCUAGUAUUAUUGCUAAAUGAUAUUUCCAAUAAACUUCUUGAAAGGGUCGUGAAAUUCCUCUUUUGGAUUAUUGCCAAAGAUGUUCAUCUAAUUACUCUCUUAAUGAUUUCUCACCAAAGUAUCCAGAGUGUGCAGCGACAGGUUCAUUAUUCAGGCAAACAGAAUUAUGCAUGACACCGUUAUCCAGAUAUAUCUGAAUAGCUUAACCAUGAGGAUCGAACUCCUGUUCCUCAAAAAAAAAUGGGUGAAAGUUUUUCUAAUAAAAAAAUAGACUACUGUUUGACCGACUUCAUAAUAUAUCUUUCGUAAUUGGUACUAGGUGACUAGAUGCCGUCGGCAGAGUGCCCUCCACCUAGGUUCCGUCUGUCCUGUCACUUGUCAUCAAGGCAUAACUGAAACCAUUGAAGGAUUUCGAUGUCCUUUCAGAGAUUUGAACCUGCAUCACUCAACCGUGCCACCGACAGAAUGCAGUCAGCAAAGGACCUGAAGCGUGACCUGGGUGGCGAGGUUGAAGUAUCAUAGCUAAAGUCAAAGUCUCUCAAAAGUUGAUCUUCAAGGACCAAUCCAACAUAGGCAGUGCUAUGAAAUGUUAUUCCAAAUCAAACCACGCCUGCCUUUUUUCACUUGGAAAGGAUAGAUACAGUAUUCAACUAAUGCACUAGGCACUUUUUCUGCAAACCUAUACUGUUAGGUAGGGUUAUAACUUCAGGGUCCGAGGUUAAGGUUAUGAUUAGGGUUAAAAUUAGGAUCAGAAGAAAGGACAUACAGUCACCUGGAUGAAUGGGUAUAUUGCGCAAGGUACGAUUUCUCUGUAGUGUAAAUCAUGUUAGCAAUAUUUUUAGUGUAUUUUUCAACGAUUAUGCAACCUUUUUGCAUCUGAGUCCUGAUUGGUUGUUCAAGGUCACUGUGGUUUUGUUUCAGAUAGUUUAAUUUUUGUCCAACUUUGAUUUUCUCGUUCGUGAUUGAUUGGACUGAAAUGUUCGGCCUCAGUUGACAUAUUGGAUCCCACUACAGAAGAUUUGACUAUACCUGGUGAUUAACAGUGAAGUAAUUUAGUGAAUGGUGACAAGCAGUGGGAUCCAGGAUUCUCAUUUCGUCCUAUUUAGGCCUCAUCUACGCUUUGAUGUUUGAAACGAUGGACACUACUGGGUUCGAGUCUCAAUCUGACCAUCACUCAGUGGAGAAUGCAGUUAGACCCAGAUGACGACUCCCAAACAGGAAGAAAUACGCAUUCUGAAUUACACUGACAGUCACCAUUCAUCAAAUCGCUUAACUAUUGUUUAAAUAGCUUAAGGCAACCAAUUAACAUAGGAAACUGUGUUGUUAUAAGCGGGUAUUUUCAGCGCAAUUCAGUCUCUUCAUUUAAAUGUUCAGGGCGAACGUAUGCUUCAGGAUACAUUUUAACACACUGUAUACUAACUAACUUUUUGUAAUGUUUUGUUUCAAUAAUUCAUUUUACUUCCCCAUUUUAGAUUUCAAAUAAGUACGCUACAGUG